UCCACCCACCUCCUCAACCACCUCCCUCUCACACUCUCCGUCAAGAUGACUCACGCUGCUGUCUGGUUCAGCCACCCCCGCAAGUUUGGAAAGGGAUCGCGAACAUGCCGUGUUUGCGGUAACCCCGGAGGAAUCAUCCGAAAGUACUCGCUGGACAUCUGCCGUCAGUGCUUCAGGGACAACGCAAAGGAGAUUGGCUUCGCAAAGGUGAGUACACUUGACACAGAGAGAGAUAGAGAGGUGUUGAAAGGGGUAGAAGGCAGAACUCACGAUCAGGGAAAGGCCAAUUAGACGAUGGGAGGAGGGUGAAGCGAUGGGCGAUUGGAUUGCAGACUAGGGUCACUCGAACAGCGAGACACGAACCACAAGCAGAGGGCACAGAACAGAUGGAAAAACGCUCGCAAAAGAGGCACGACAUGUCUGUCGCAUACUUUUGUAUGAGACAAGCUCGUACCGUCAGCUGGAGCAUCUCAAGUCGCCCUUUCUGUGUUGUGUCGUUUGGCAAGCCAGGCAUGCGUCUUGCGAGUUGCUCGAUGAUCGCAGGACUGGUGGAAGGAGGCAAUUGAGUUGGUUGGCGAAUCCUGCUAGGAACACAGUGCUGGCCAAGCUGUUACACGAAUGCAACGAUGUUCUGACACAUCCUCGUCCAAUCACACCCCCCUCUCACAGUACCGUUAAAGGGGACUGAGCAACAAGUCUUCUCUCA